AAGAGCAUGUCGCUUCUGCAUGUCGCUUGCUCGAGCCAUGACUGGUGCUUGCCGGUCGUGGGUGCACUAGAUGACAGGCAGUUGUAAGUGCGAUGCCUCGCCGGGAUGCCACAGAUACCAGAAUUCCUGUGAAUGUCCACUUGAAGUUUCAGGGGGUAAGAGCAGACGCCUGCGUCGGACUCAGAAACAAGCGGGGACGAGGAGCAGAGGGAGGGAGGGAGGGAGAGAGAGAGAGAGAGAGAGAGAGAGAGAGAGAGAAGGGCGGGAGGUAGGGAGGGUGUGUGGGUGGGGCGAGAAUUGGAGAAUUGGAGUGAUCGGGAGUCGAGUCGUUGAGGGACGAUGGGGCAGCUUGCGGGUGUCAGCAAUGCAGAGAGGGACGAAUCCGAGGAGAUUGUGGUGGAGGAUCACGAUGAUGAGGGCAUGCUGAAGAAGCUUUUGAAAGAUUUGGACCCCUGGACUGCUUGGGCCUACACUCCGCACACCAUCACUGUGCUCAUUCUCGGCGCCUGCUUUCUCGUAUGGGCAAGUGGUGCACUUCGACCCGAGGAGCAGGGGCGGGACCAUGAUGUAAAUACAAAAGCCGGUGUGUGGGCGAUGGUAGCCGUCUUUCUUGGUUACUUCUCGCUGCAAGCACCACCGACAAUAUUGAUUAGACCCCAUCCCGCUUUCUGGCGACUUGUUCAUGGACUUGCAGUCCUUUAUCUACUAUUUUUGACAUUCCUCCUCUUCCAGACUCGCGACGAUGCUCGACAAUUUAUGAAGUAUCUGCAUCCGGACCUCGGUGUAGAGCUAGGCGAGAGAUCAUAUGGUGCCGAUUGCAGAAUAUACACUCCGGAGAACCCACAUAGUAAAUUUGCCAACGUUUAUGAUACAUUAUUUGAUGAGUUUGUGAUUGCACAUAUUCUUGGUUGGUGGGGCAAAUCGAUCAUGGUCCGAAAUCUAUUACUGUCUUGGAUGAUCUCCAUCGGCUUUGAAAUGAUGGAGGUGACGUUGAAUCACAUGUUACCUAAUUUCAACGAAUGUUGGUGGGACAGCAUCAUCCUCGACAUCAUGAUAUGCAACUUCUUCGGCAUAUGGGCAGGAUUAUCAACAGUUCGCUAUUUCGAAGGGAAAACUUACGAAUGGGUAGGAUUGAGCCAGCAGCCCAGUCUCAUCGGCAAGGUACGACGUUCACUGGGUCAAUUUACGCCUGCAUAUUGGGACAAAGAUCAGUGGAACUUCUUAUCCGGACCCAUCCGGUUUGUCCAAGUAAUGGGACUGGUCAUAGUUAUCCUAAUCGUCGAAGUCAACGCUUUUUAUCUGAAGUUCAUACUCUGGAUACCACCAAGGAACCCGCUAAACAGCUAUCGGUUGUUAGUUUGGUGGAUCAUCGCAAACCCCGCCAUUCGUGAAUAUAAUUCGUUUCUCCAAAACAACAAACCCAUCAAAAAGCUUGGCGCAUUUUGCUGGUUGGCAGUGGCUAUCGUCAUACUGGAAGUUCUCAUUUGUGUCAAAUUUGGAAGAGGUUUGUUCCCUAAGCCGAUGCCGACGUGGAUCUUUUGGUUUUGGGUGACUGCUGGAAUUGUGAGCCUGCUCACUCUGAUUGGAUGGUCAAUCAAACUCGCCCGUGAUCCUAAACCUGUCUUGAUUCGUAAUCAGUCCAGAGAUUCUAAGAAGAUACAGUGAAUCAGCAGGAUAUUGACCAUCUGGUGAAGCGGAGAUACGGAUCUAGAUCCCUUUCUGUAUGUUAUGUACAUAGAGAUGGACAUCGUUGUCACCAGCUGUAUGUUAUGAUGUAUGUCAUUGAAGCAGGCUUGUGAACAGAGUUUUUAGAUUUUUAGGUCGUAGUUUCAGUGUGGCCCUGUAUGUAACAUUUGAGAUCGGGUUGCGGCAAAGAGUGCCCCGUCCCCAUUUUUGAAAUCAUAUUCCAAAAUUU